GUAAUAAUGACAAUUGCAACAAUACUGAAUGAACAAUGAACACUUUUAUUGUAAGUUAAUAUAAUACAUAAAUAAAAUCAAUUUAGUCCCAAAUAACAUGAGAACAUAUGUUAAAACGAACCACCAGCUUUCAUGGUUCUUCAAUAUUCCCAGUUAACAAGUGUUAGGUUGUAGUGCAGAAAGCAGAGCUUGUCUGCAUGGUCCCCUGUCAGUCUGCUCCUCUGCGAAACACAGACCUUAUUUGAAGUAGAUCAAGACAUUCUUUAUGGAAGACAUGAACGGUAAAAUAACGAAGGAACCCCUUUCAAGUUCAGCCGCAAGUUAUUACAGGAAUUAUAACGUGUCGACUAUUUCUCUCUAAACCAUAUACCUUUGACUAAUCCGGAAACUAUCAUCUCGAAAACAAAACGUUUAUUCUGUUCCGUAUUUUAUCUAACGGGUGGCAUCCAUGUGUCUAGAUAUUCCUGUUACAUUGCACAACCUUCAAUGUUAUGUCAUAAUUACGUAAAAUUCUGGCAAAUUAGUUCGCAAAGAGCCAGGCGGCCCAAACUGUUGCAUAUACCCUGACUCUGCGUGCGAUGAACGCAAGAGAAAUGACACAAUUUCACCUGGUUAAUAUUGCCUGCUAACCUGGAUUUCUUUUAACUAAAUAUGCAGGUUUAAAAAUAUAUACUUGUGUAUUGAUUUUAAGAAAGGCAUUGAAGUUUAUGGUUAAGUACACAUUGGAGCAAUGACAAUCAUUGAUUGAUUGUUUUUUAUGAAAUAAGUUUAAUGCUAGCUAGCAACUUACCUCAGCUUACUGCAUUCGCGUAACAGGCAGGCUCCUCGUGGAGUGCAAUGUAAUCAGGUGUUAGAGUAUUGGACUAGUUAACUGUAAGGUUGCAAGAUUGGAUCCCCCGAGCUGACAAGGUUAAAAAUCUGUCAGAACGUUCCUAGGCCGUCAUUGAAAAUAUGAAUGUGUUCUUAACUGACUUGCCUAGUUAAAUAAAGAUUAAAUAAAGGUGUAAAAAUAAAAAUACAUUCGGCAAAUCGGCGCCCAAAAAUACCGAUUUCCGAAUGUUAUGAAAACUUGAAAUCGGCCCUAAUUAAUCGGCCAUUCCGAUUAAUUGGUCGACCUCUAGUUGGUACCAUUGUUUAUUCAUGGCUGUGUUCUUAGGCAAAAUUGUGAGUGAGCCCACUCCUUGGCUGAGGAGCAACCCCACACAUGAAUGGUCUCAUGAUGCUUUACUGUUGGCAUGACAUAGGACUGAUGGUAGCGCUCACCUUGUCUUCUCCGGACAAGCUUUAUUCCGGAUGCCCCAAACAAUCGGAAAGGGGAUUCAUCAGAGAAAAUGACUCUACCCCAGUCCUCAGCAGUCCAAUCCCUGUACAUUUUGCAGAAUUACAGUCUGUCCCUGACGUUUUUCCUGGAGAGAAGUGGCUUCUUUGCUGCCCUUCUUGACACCAGGUCAUCCUCCAAAAGUCUUUGCCGCACUGUGCGUGCAGAUGCACUCACACCUGCCUGCUGCCAUUCCUGAGCAAGCUCUGUACUGGUGGUGCCCCGAUCCCGCAGCUGAAUCAACUUUAGGAGACGGUCCUGGCGCUUGCUGGACUUUCUUGGGUGCCCUGAAGCCUUCUUCACAUCAAUUGAACCGUUUUCCUUGAAGUUCUUGAUGAUCCGAUAAAUGGUUUAUUUAGGUGCAAUGUUACUGGCAGCAAUAUCCUUGCCUGUGAAGCCCUUUUUGUGCAAAGCAAUGAUGACGGCACGUGUUUUCUUGCAGGUAACCAUGGUUGACAGAGGAAAAACAAUGAUUCCAAGCACCACCCUCCUUUUGAAGCUUCCAGUCUGUUAUUCAAACUCAAUCAGCAUGACAGAGUGAUCUCCAGCCUUGUCCUCGUCAAUACUCACACCUGUGUUAACGAGAGAAUCACUGACAUGAUGUCAGCUGGUCCUUUUGUGGCAGGGCUGAAAUGCAGUGGAAAUGUUUUUUUCGAAUUCAAUUAAUUUGCAUGGCAAAGAGGGACUUUGCUAUUAAUCUGAUCACUCUUCAUAACAUUCUGGAGUAUAUGCAAAAAAAAAUGUUGCUUAUAACUUGGAGGUUGAAAUAAAAUCACCUGCUGGCCAAAAAGUCAAUUAUAGACUUAUUGACAUUUUGUACACUUUCACAUUUUCAGACACACUUUUCCCAUUCAUUCAUAUGUUUCAUGCAUGUUUAUACCACACAGAUCCACACAUUCACGUUGUAUACCGUUUUCUUUAAUAAAAGCAGAUAUUUUAUUCAACUCAGUAUGUGAAUGUUAAGGAGUUUAGUUUUUUUGCGCAGUACACUACGUAGUACACUACAUAGGCCCACUGAUUUUCCAUUUAAAUAUUAAUUGUGUCUCAUCACUAAAGCCUUUAUGACGGGUCGCUCAACGUUUACAUUGUGGUUUUUGGACCGGGUUUUUGCCAUUUUUAUUGAUUAUAAUAGUGGUUACUGAUUGACUGGGCCAGUUUGCUCCCUGUGUGUUUGUAAAUUGGUGGCUGUAAAUGAGUUGUGUCGCAAUAAAGCCUGCAGACAUUAGUCCCAGCUGACUUUGACUCAAGAAUGGUCUGUACAGUUAUGGGGCAUUAGAGUUGAGGAGCAAGUACUCAGUUCACUAUGGGAGAAGUGAGCUGAAAUACAAUCUUGCUGCUUCUCAAUGCAGCCUAAAAUCUCAGCAUUUCUGGUGCUACUUGCCAGGAGUCUUAGCUUUUUUACGUUGGGUUUUAAGACCCCUUACACAGGUGUGGAUCAUGGCAAUGGACUGUAUAGGAUCCAGUGAUGCCUUCAAACUGGGGAUUUUAGGAAGCAUCGUUAGGAGGUAAGCAUUUAUUUGGUUUAUUUCAGCCACACUCUUCUUCAGAGCAGCAUAUCUACAGUACACACAGGCUACUAUGUAAAAAGAGGUUCAUGGUUUUGGGAGGCAUUUUUGUCCCUGAUGUUUUUGCACAAGUGCUUUUGGAACAUAAUGACAUGCUCUGUUUUGUCAGAAGCUGUAUUGUUUUCUGUAUGAGUGGUUAAGCAGGUAGGCCUACUGAAGGUAAACUGCUGCCCCCUCCCUGAGCUGGGCUACUGGAAUCCAUAGUGGCACAUGUCUCAAGACUUGGCAUCAUAAAGUCUCUGUGGUAUUGCUGGCUGGGUCCAGUCGUUUUUUUUGUCUUAAAAUGCUUCAUAGUGAGUCAGUGCAUACAUCAGACUAUCAUGUGCAGACUGACUUGACUGCCUGCCUGAUGUGUGUACAGAGUGUUACCUGUUAAGUCUGCCUCACCCGUGUAGCUGCAGGAUGGAGAGACUAGGGGAAAAGAGGUAGAGAGGGUGGGGGCGUAGACCUGUGAGCGUUGUCGUGGCGUUUCCUAUCCCGGAUUAACUCACUGACGGAGAUGUUGUUGAGCACCUGCCAACUCAGGCCUCGCUUUCCUGCACCACAACACCAGGGAAGGACUGAGGAGAUGGACGCACAGGGCAUAAUGGGGACCUACAGGCUAGAUAUCAGGUCAAUAUGUAGAACAAAGUAAAAAUGGGGUGAGUCAAGGCACUCUAGGUCUCUUUGAUUAAAUUGAACCCUCGGUUUGCACUCUACCCAUUGUGUUGGUAUGUGUGUUGUGCUGCCUGCUGUGUUUACUGUAUAUAGAGUAUAGUGGAAGAUCAAGCCGCUCCAGAGGUAGGCUAAUUUCCCCGGAGGAAUGUUUCCAGAGUUCUCAGGGAGUAGAGCUGAGCCAGUCAGUCACACUUUGGCUGUGGUGCCUGAAAUAGGGCUCUGUUGUUUUAAGUCAAGGAUCUCCGUGAAAACUUUUAAAAUCCGGUGCUUUUGGGGGACAAAGGCCAAACAGGCACGAGAGAGCGUGAGAGGCAGCCAAGCUCCCCCCUGAACAGGUACUGGGACAGAAAGCCACUUUUUCUGAUAUCUAUGGUGUUUCUGAUGGGACAGGGAGUUAGAGGGCUUCUCUUUGGUUUCUGCAGUGUGUGGCCAUACAGGGGUUUGAGGUGUUUUGUGUAAUAAAUUGGUAAUAAGGCAGACCCGUCCAAAGCAACAUGAACACAGGCUACGUUCAGCAGCAACUGAUUAUGUGGUCCCUGGAUGCCCCGCGGCGCUCCGUCCUCGCCCACCCGCGCACGGCGCCCCCUGAUGGCCGGCAGCUGACCCCGCCCCACAGGAUGACGGUGAGAGAGCGGCUGCGGGAGAAGAUCUCCGCAGCGUUCUACCGCCACGGGCUGCUGUGUGCCUCCUAUCCGGUGCCCAUCAUCCUCUUCACCUCCGCCAGUAUCCUCGCCUGCUGUUACCCCCUGCUGCAGCUGCCUUUGCCGGGGACCGGGCCGGUGGAGUUCACCACACGGGUCCGAGAUUACACCGUCCCUUCCCAUGAGCCCCAGGGAGACCUCGGCGAGCGGCCUGACUGGUAUCGGGGUCCUCCGGUGGCCUACAUCCAGCCGGUCCUGGUGAAGGCAGCUGUGUCUCCCUGGGACAGUACGCUGGUCCCUGUGGACGUGUUCCGCUCCCCACUGGGCCGCGUGUUCAGCCUGCUGGAGGAGAUCCGCAACCAUGUACACGACGACGGUUCUGGGGUCAGGAGCUUGGAGGCGCUCUGCCUGCAGGUGACGGACCUGUUGCCGGGGUUACGGCGUAUGCAGAGAGUGCUGCCGGAGCACGGUUGUCUGCUGGUCUCCCCUGGCAACUACUGGCAGAACCAGCGGGAGCUGUUUGACUCUGACCCCGACCUGCUGAAGACCGUCCACCAGCACGAACCCAAAGGACUGCACACCUCUGCCACACUGAGAGACCUGCUGUUUGGCGUCCCGGUGAAACACACAGGGGUGAGUCUGUAUAGCAGGAAGAGAGUGGUCACCUACACCAUCACCAUGGUCCUGGGCAGCUACGACGCCAGGUUCCUGUCUAGCCUGCGGGCACGUCUCCGCCAGCUGCACCCCUCGGUGAACUGCAGCCUGCGCGAGGACCACAUGGUGCACGUGCACUUCAAGGAGGAGAUAGGCAUGGCUGAGCUCAUCCCCCUGGUCACCACCUACAUCAUACUGUUCGCCUACAUCUACUUCUCCACACGUAAAAUUGACAUGGUGAAGUCAAAAUGGGGCUUGGCGCUGGCUGCCGUGGUAACAGUGCUCAGCUCUCUGCUUAUGUCUGUGGGGCUCUGCACCCUGUUCGGCCUGACGCCCACACUCAAUGGAGGUGAGAUCUUCCCCUAUCUGGUGGUGGUGAUAGGGCUGGAGAACGUCCUGGUUCUCACCAAGUCUGUGGUGUCCACCCCUGUUGACCUGGAGGUCAAACUACGCAUCGCUCAGGGCCUUAGUAAUGAGAGCUGGUCUAUCAUGAAGAACAUGGCCACAGAGCUGUGCAUCAUCCUCAUAGGAUAUUUCACCCUGGUGCCUGCUAUCCAGGAGUUCUGUCUGUUUGCUGUGGUGGGGCUGGUGUCUGACUUCUUCCUUCAGAUGUUUUUCUUCACCACAGUUCUUUCCAUUGACAUCCGACGCAUGGAGUUGGCCGAUCUGAACCGGCGUCUUCCGGCCGAGGCGGGGAUGCCCCUUCCCAAACCGGGCCCCCUGCGCCCUCGGGAGGCGCCUCCUCCCCCACGGCCCUCGCCCCACACCAUCACCCUGCAGACGCCCGCCUUCAGGAACCUGCGUCUGCCCAAGAGGCUCCGUGUGGUCUACUUCCUGGCCCGCACGCGUCUGGCCCAGCGCUUCAUCAUGGUGGGUACAGUGAUCUGGAUUGGCAUCCUGGCCUACACGGACCCCGCUGGCCUCCGUACCUACCUGGCAGCCCAGGUGUCUGAACAGAGCCCCCUGGGGGAGGGCGGGGCCGGGGGUCUGCCCCCCCACCUGGGAGUAGCCCCGGUCUUCCCUGGACCAGGAGGGGACCCCGCCAGCACCCUCAGUGUCCUCCCUGCCCCCGCUGAACCCACCCCGCUUCCAGAGAACCAGUCCCAGGGCCACCACGGGGCCCCCAGGGAAGGAGUACCCCAGCAGGCCCCACCCCUGGUGCCCCAGAUCAGCUGGGGGGCGGAGGAUGAGGAGGGCUGGAGAAAGCUGUCUUUCAGACACUGGCCCUCGCUCUUCAGCUACUAUAAUAUUACUCUGGCAAAGAGAUAUAUCAGCAUCCUGCCUGUCAUCCCCAUCACGCUUCACCUGAGCCCCCGGGAGGCCAUCGAGACGCGUCACCCCCAGGACACACGCCACCCCCCGCCGCCCAGCCUCAAAACUAACGACCUGCCCGCAGACCUCACGCUCUACAAGGUAGCAGCUCUGGGCCUGGCGGCAGGGGUUCUGCUGGUGCUGCUGCUCUUCUGUCUCUACCGGGUCCUCUGUUCACGCAACUACGGCCAGAACGGCGUGGCCCACGGACGCCGUCGCCACGGUGACCUGCCCUGCGACGACUACGGCUACUCGCCACCCAUCAGCGAGAUCUCCCCCCUGCUGCUGCGUGGACACAGCAUGGAUAUAGAGUGUCUGGCGAGUGAUGGCAUGCUGUUGGCCAGUUGUUGUCUGGCAGGACAGAUCCGUGUGUGGGACACUCAGACUGGAGACUGCCUCACCGUAAUUCCUAAACAUGGGCUGCGGCGGAGUAGCAGCAGUGGCUGCUGGGAGCAGCGGGAUGGUUGGGACGCCGUGGGUGUGGCCGAACCUGAAAAUCUGGGGGGCGAAACAGAACCAGGUGGCAGGGUUUUCGACGAGGACGAGGGCUACCCCCUCAGGUGGCGGGCCACCCCACGUCCUGCCCUCUUUGAGAACCAACCCGACCUCACCCCCCUCAUCGACACCAACUUUGACUCCCAGCCCCCCUCCCACCUCCUCCUCACCCCGCCCAGGGAUGGCUUUGACUUUGGGGGGCUGGUGGAGAAGGCCUACCUGGAGCACGAGCCUCCCUCGCUGGGCCUCACUGCCUCCUACCCCUCCUCCUCACCCCUGUCGGGACCCCCUCCCCAGAGGAGACGCAGCCUGGGGUACAUCCAGCCUCCUGCUCCACAGGGCCAGGGAACCCCGGACUGGGAAAGCGCCGUGUGGGCCAUGGAGCUCCGGGGGAACCUCAUCGCUGCUGGGAGGAGCAACGGCAAAUUGGAGCUGUGGGACGCAGUGGAGGGCUCGUUACGCUGCAGUAAUGAAGACGGCGUCUCGGGGAUCACGGCCCUGGCCUUCCUCAACAACAGGCUUGUGGCGGCCAGACUCGACGGCUCUCUAGACUUCUUCACUGUCGACAUCAACAAGCCUCUGGGCUUACUGCAGUACAGAGGUCCCCCCGGGCGUAGUAACAUACCGCCCUCGCCCUGCUACAGCAGUGAGGAUGUGAUCUCAUGCCAGCUGACGCGUUCGGUGCAGUGUGCCCACCAGAAACCCAUCACGGUGCUGCGAGCCGCUGCCGGCAGAGUGGUCACGGGCAGCCAGGACCACACCGUCAGGGUGUAUCGUCUGGAGGACUCAUGCUGUCUCUUCACGCUCCAGGGCCACUCUGGGGGAAUCACUGCCAUCUACAUAGACCAGACCAUGGUUCUGGCCAGUGGGGGGCAGGACGGAGCAAUCUGUCUGUGGGAUGUGCUGACGGGCAGCCGGGUGAGCCACGUGUACGGUCACCGCGGCGACGUGACCUCGCUGGUGUGCACCACAUCGUGCGUGAUCAGCAGCGGCCUCGACGACCUCAUCUGCAUCUGGGACCGCAGCACGGGCAUCAAGCUCUACUCCAUACAGCAGGAGGUGGGCUGCGGUGCCAGUCUGGGGGUGAUCUCUGAGUCUCUCCUGGUGACAGGGGGCCAGGGCUGUGUGUCCUUCUGGGACCUGAACUUUGGGGACCUUCUCCAGACGGUCUACCUGGGCCAGAGCAGCGACGGCCAGGGGGUCCGCCAGCUCGUGGUGCUGAACAACGCUGCCAUCGUCUGCGACUUUGGCUCCGAGCUCAGCCUGGUCUACGUACCCGCGGUGCUGGAGAAGCUGGACUGAGCAGAAGCAGAACUAGGACAGGCUCCACACAGUGGCCUGGAGGAGUAGAUGAAAUGGUCAGUACUGACAAUGGGGAUAUAUGCAAAUGCAACUCAUUUUGGCCCUACACUACGCUGCAGUUGGACAAUCUUCUUGGAAAGAGUUGACGUGAUUGGCUAAUUUAGAUCGUUAGCACUUCACCCGAUUAGGUGGGAGGGCAUUUCUAUAGCAACACAUAACGUUUUUAUAAAGCUAAUGUCUGGUUGGAGAGACAGAUGUCCACCAGAAAGAUGACCCUUGACCUUGUUACUAGCUCAGGGGGUUUGUAUCCAAGCAUUGGAUAGUUUGGGGUACACACACCCCAAGGGGUUCCCAUCCAACAAUCAGGCUGUCAUUGGCGGAGUGUUUGAUACCACGCCAGCCAAUCAAUGUAGCGCAGCUGUAGCAGGCUCAUGUCAUGAUGUCUGAUGGCCGUUGGGCUAAGCAGUUACUAGCAUGCGUGUGUUUUGUGUCCUGGGAAAGAAACAGCCUUUUUAUGGUGAAAACAUGGCUGACAAAAAUCCUUCAUUAUUGUGUGUGUGCGAGAGAACUGGAUACGAUGACUGUAAUGAAAUGCACCUUCAGAGGGGGUUGUUUUUAUGUUUAAAUCUAUUUAUUAGUGAUACAUUUUUAAGUAACAAUUUGAGAUGUGCAUAAUAUAAUGUGGAGUUGAUGUCAUAAAUGUCGGGUAGGAUUUUUUUUAAACAUUGGUUAUGAUGAGAUUAAUAUUUGUAAUAAUAUUUUGGAACUGAAAACGCUAAAGUGUUUUCUUGGAGUUGGGGAUUGAGGGGGAGAGGUUCCUUGCCUUACCCCAGGCUCUGAUUUUAGUGCUACUGUUGCUGCAAGAGGACCCAUCCCCCCUUAAGCUGUAAGAGGCUCUAUACUUUCUGCUUGAAUUUGAGAUUUGCAUCUGAAGGUGUGGUAGCUCUACAUUGGCACACAUUGUCAGAGUUUACAUUGGCUGCUCUCUUCCCAUGUUGACUGUGCCCAGGAGAAAUGUCAGAUCUUUUGAGAUUGUGACUAUAUUCAAUUGCACGGUUUUACGUUAGUAACAUUGUCAUGCUACAUUGUACGUCUUGUUUUCUGACAAAAGGUUCCAUUGAGGAAAUCACGUUACUUUUUUAAAUACCUAAAAUGGCUUCCUCUUGAAAAACAUCUUACAACUGCGUUUCUCUGUCCGCUCUUUUUCCCAAUUCACUGAAAAUAUAGAUUUUCUUUCCCUUAUCUCUGUAAUUCUCUGCUUGUGAGUUUGAGAACCCUAUCAGGCGUAAAAGGAGAGGAUGGGUAGUGUACCGGUAAUGUGGUUAACUCCACCGUGGCCCAUCUAGUCUUCAUGUGAGCAAAGUAGUCAGCGAGGGCCUCAGACUAGGAAUAUGAUGGUACCCUCUAGGUAGGAGCCUCUGUACUAAUAACUCAACCUUUCUCCCAGCCCGUUACCUCUGAGUGACUGUAGAGCUAGCCUGCAGACACACGCAAUGCAGAGAGAGCGUAGUGGACUUGACGUUAGCCUACUUGGUUACUUACACCCAUAGCUGAAUGUAGAUCCGUGAUGCUUGAUAUUGAAAAGCAAAUCCACUCAACUUCAACCAACAGAAAUAUAACAGUAACUUGUGCACUAACUCUUAACCCUCUCAAAUGCACAUACACACACACACUAGGCACUUUGAAACACAAUGUAUAGAAAGACAUUCAGAAAGACACACAUACUGAAAACAUAAAAACGCACACAUCAGACUUGUGAAUGCACGGGUGGACAGCUUUAGUCCUCAAGUUGCUGUCUGCUGGUUUAUCAAGAAGAUGAAUUGAAAACCCAGAAGGACUGGAGUUGUGCACCCGUGUAAUGGUUCUAAUUUAUUUCCUUUUUUUUAAUGUAAAUAAUAGGUAAACGCUUUAGAGUGUAGAUUCACUUAUAAUUGUAAGGAUAUAAACUGCUGCCUGAGUUAAAUAUGGUUGUGUUCCAAGUCCUUUUAAGCUGCCUUUCCUUAUCUCAUUGCUUGCAAAUAAUGAUACGAUAGUUAUUUGACACCCACACAUUCUGUCACAAUAUGUGGCCUAUGCAGGAAUUAAACCUCACCACUCUGGUGUUGUGAGCACUAUGCUCCAAACAACAUUGCAAUGUUUAUGGAACAGGAGUUCUUACAUUUGUUUUACAGCUUUCUGCCACUGUAGUGAUGAAAGGAGAUGAGAAGGGAAGCAUUUAAGAUAAUUGGAGCACAGCCCAUGUCCCCUUGAUCUGACCCUUUUGGUCCUACAAAAUAGUUGACGGAGGGAGGGGCAGAAAGAAACCGGUGUAAAUAGUUUUUGUGGAAUCAUAGGCCUGCUCUGCCCCCCUCCUGAACCACCUCCCUUUGGUCGACUAGGGUGCACAGACUGUAGUGGCGGUAGCAAAUGUUCUGGGCUAUUUUACUAUUUUUAACACAGGAGCAAAACUUUGUACUAAUUUCCAAAUAAAGAGGCUUUGAUACCUUG